AUGGUGGCGUCAAAUCAGACUCCUAUUGAGGCGAUAGAUGAUGUUUCUCUGGAAGAGCGUGCUGAGAGCAAUGACAGAGAAUUGAAGAGCGCUAGCUCGACCAGUACGAAGAUUCCUGGUGCGGGCAAUACUGCAGAUGGGACAUCAAAGGUUGAUGAUUUGUCCAAGGAUGAGAAUGAGAACGAGGAUAAGAAAUUAAGUAAGAAAGUUCCAGUUACGGUCGAGGCUAAGAAGAAGAGUGAAGGGAAGGAAGAUGGGGAGCCAGAGGCUGUGAAAUCCCCUGCUAGUAGGUCCGAGGAUGGUCCGGCAACUACAGAAAAAGUUGAUCCAGUAUUAAGUGAGCUGAAGAGUGCGUUUCCUAACAUAGAGGAGAAAUAUAUAAAAGCAGUGUCAAUAGCUUCAGAGGGGGGGAUAGCGUCGGCCUUUAAUGCGUUGUUAUAUUUGUCUGACCCUUCUUUCGAAAACGAGGCCAUGGCAACCACGAAACAAACUGCUGCAGCCGCUACAGCAGACCGCAAGAGUGGUAAACUGACGCAGUUGGAGGAGGAUGAGCUGUUAGCCAGAGAGCUAUACAAAAGCUUCAACAAGAUGGGGGGUAUUCAGGACGAACGAGCAGCUCGUGAGCGUAGGAUACGUGAGCGGGAGCGGGAAUUUAGAAGACAACAAAAUCGUCGUCAUGAAAAAUACGAACACAAGAACUCCGAUAUAGACGAAGAUGACGACGACGACUUUAUUGAAGUUCUAAACCGCGGAUUGCAAGAGACAUCCAAGAAGGUGGGCAAAUGGUGGGAGGGUUUGAAGAAAAACUUUAAUGAGGAGGAAGAACGUGAAUUCCAAGAUACGCAAAAUGAUGCACCGCCUCAACGUCAACGGCGCUUCAACUCCUUUGGUGCUCGUGAUGAUGAUGGCCUGCGGUCUUCUGUAUACAAAAUGCAGGACUCCCAAAUCUAUCACUAUAACAGCUAUGACGUAAACGACCAGGAAGCUCCUCCUCGGCUACCUCCAAGAAACAAAAACGGCAUCGCAGAAGCCACCAAACGCAAGAUGUGGCAACCACUGCCACCAGAACCAGAGCUAGCGGCUGAAACCAAGGUUACUGCAGAAGGAAAUAUCUCCACCACCAAUGCCACUCGUCGACGUGAUCCCAGCCAAGAAGCAUUUUUAAUUAACAGCGAUGAUGAACUUUAA